AUGCCAUCAACCAACUUCAUGACCGGGAUAAUCGUGCCUAAUGGGUUUGCUGUGCUUGGCCUGGCGACUUGUGUCAUUGGCAUCGCCGUUGUGAUAUUUUUGCGCUUCUUUUAUAUUGAUUUCCCAAAGAUUGAAGGAAUUCCGGAAAUACCAAACGGGGACCUUCUUGCUGGCCAUUUGUAUCAACUUGAUGAUGAUCACGCUACCAAAUCAGAAACAUGGGCGCGUACAUACGGCUGGCCAGUUUUCCAACUGAGAAUGGGUAGACGGCGGGCAAUUGUACUCAACUCUUUUGAAGCUGCUCGGGAAUGGAUGGUGAAGAAUCAGACUGCGACCCUGGAUCGACCAUGGUUUCAUACGUUUCAUGGAGUCAUUUCGGCAACUUCAGCUGCAACGAUUGGAACCAGUCCCUGGGAUGAACGGACCAAGAAGCAGAGACGUGUGAUAGGCUCAUUUACUACAGGACCAUCCAUUCAAAAGCUGCGCAAUAUGUUGGAUAUGGAAACUUUUCGAUCCACAAACUCUACUACGCAGGAUUUCAUCCCUCACCUGAGAUAUUUUGCAAGGAAUGGACGAAAUGAAACAGCUAUUAAAGUCCGAGCACGCAGGGAUCAGUGGUUAGCGACAGCUCUGAACAAGGUACGCGACACGGUAACGUUAUUCUCGGGAGAUAGGAAAAGUGUGGCUGCUAUGCUACUUACUGAUAAUCAAGAGGGGUUGACUCCCCUUGAUAUCAAGACUAUCCUUGGUGGUCUCAUGUCUGGAGGUUUCGAAACGGUAUUUUCAACAGCCAUUAUCACUAUUGGCAUGUUGUCAACAGCCGAGGGCCAGUUGAUUCAGCAGAAAGCAUAUGAGAAUAUCAUGUCAUUUUAUGAUACGGCUGAAGAGGCUUUCGAAGCUUGUGUAUCCGAGGAGAAGUGUGCUUAUAUCUGUGGCUUGGUGAAAGAAGCAUUACGAUUCUAUCCCCCACUCAAGCUUCUACCAGCUCGACAAACCUAUAAGGAGUUCAACUACCAUGGAGCGGAGAUUCCCAAAGGCGUUUUGGUUUAUAUGAAUGCCCAAGCAAUCAAUAGAGAUUCCACCACAUACGGAGCCGAUGCGGACCAGUUCCGUCCCGAACGUUGGGUUGACAAGACCUAUGAUGUUCCUCCACCAUAUCAUUUUGCUUUCGGUGCCGGUGCGCGAAUGUGUACUGCUGUGAAUUUUUCAAACAGGGUACUCUACGCAAUUUUCCUGCGUCUGAUCGUCUCAUUCAACAUCACGGAGAGCAAAUCCAUGCCGGCCGACGUUCAUUACAUUAACUAUAAGCGGGAUCCAAGUGCAUCAAAUGCAGUUGCUUCGGACUUUAAGGUCAAAUUUACACCAAGGUCGCAUGAGAGCUUGGAGAAGUGCCUUGGCGAGUCUCAAGACAAUUUGGCCGAUUUCAUGUCUAAAGACUCGGCCGAGGUUUUGUUGAGGUGA